AUGCUCGGCACUUUAUACCCAUCCUCCUCAUGCUUGGAAUAUCCGUUUCCAGAAUAUCCGCUUGUGGUGUUACACAUUCGGGAUUUUGCAAUUUUUCAAAGAGUGAAUUACAAACUACUUCCCUUUGCCGAAGAGAACGCUUCUAUGUUUGCACUCCCAGCAAGACACCUAAAGCAGAAGAAGAAGAAGAAGAAGAAGAAGAAGAAGAAGAAGAAAAAGAAGAAUAUGAUGAUGAUGAUGAUGAUGAUGAUGAUGAUGAUGAUGAUGAUGAUGGUUAAUGAUGAUGAUGAUGAUGAUGAUGAUGAUGAUGAUGAUGAUGAUGAUGAUCGAUGA